AUGGACACAGCGGAAGUUAAAACACAUUCUACUUUCGUUUGCUCCAAUCCAAUAUUCUUGCUUUCAAUUUCUUCAUUCCAUUAUCUAGUGUCCUAUCCUUUAAUUAGUUCUUUAUUCCAUCUUUUUGUUUUACAUUCUUCUUUCUAUUCUCACAAUUUUGAUCAUUUAUUUUUCAACUUACAUUGUUUUAUUUUUUAUUUUCUUCCUCCUUAUUUGUUUUCCUACUUGCAUUUUCUUUCUUUUUCUUCCUUUAAUUUCCUUUUUAUCUUUUUCUUCCAUUUAUAUUUUCUUUCUUUUUCUUCCAUUUAUCUUUUUCCUUCUUUUAUUUUUCCUUCGUUUGUUUUUCUUUCAUUUUUCUUUUUCCUUCGUUUGUUUUCUUUCUUUCAUUUUUCUUUUCCCUCCGUUUGUUUUCUUUCUUUCAUUUUUCUUUGUCCUUGUUUUGUUUUCUUUCUUUCAUUUUUCUUUGUCCUUCUUUUAUUUUCUUUCUUUCAUUUUUCUCCGUUUCUUUUUCUUUCAUUUUUCUUUUUCCUUCUUUUGUUUUCCUUUUCAUUUUUCAUUUUUCUUUUUUCUUCUAUUAUCCUUUUCCUUCUUCUAUCGCUUAACUCCAGUUUUCUUGUCUUCCAUUAA